UUAGUAUGAAAUUGAUGUGUCAUCUUCCAAUUUUUUAUACUGUUAAUGUGUUCUCUCACUACUUCGUUCCUUCGCCUUUCGGACUCACUACUUCUUUCCUUCACACUUCUCUCCUUAUCAAUAUUUUGUGGUUGUCUAAAAUCUAAUUUUGAACACAAUAAAUGUCGAAUGAGACAACUUUCUAUAACCCCUUCAGUGUUAGGCAUGGCAAAAAUAUAUGUAACCAUGGAUAUCAGCCUGCAUCCGACCUAGUCGGGUUGGGUAAAACCCGAAUCCGAAUAUCGCGGGUAAUGGGGUGGGCAUGAUUUUAUCACUAUCCAACCCGACAUGUCUGAUUAUAACAUGCAUAUGUAUUUUGUUUAGAAAUGACCAUCAAUUUUCUCUAACAUAUUUUAUAUUUAGCAUAUAAAUAUAAUAUUUUCAUGAAAUUAUGUUGUUUUAAUUAAUUUUCUUCAUUCUAUUGAAUUAUUGUCGUACUUUUGCGCUUAUUUAAUGUGAGAAUAUGUGUGAAUGAUUAUGUGAAUGAUUAUAUAUUGGUUGGAGUUACAAAGAGAAAUUAUUAUCUAUGGAUAAUCGUGGAUACCCGAACCCGAGCGGGUAUGUGCAUGAUUUUGAUUUUUUACCCGUUUCUUAUGUGGGAAUGGUGGGGAUGGGUAUGGGUAAAACCCGAACUCCUUUGGGUAGGAUAACGGUUAUGCACUAUCCGCCUCGGACCCGACCCAACCCUUUGUCAUCCCUAUUUAGUGCGUCCUACUAUUAGUAUCUUAUAGGGAAUUACCGAAUCGGCUCACAUUAAUCAUCUACCUAUACCAAUUCGCGUCAUUUGCAAAGUUCUGAAACCGGUUUAUACUGUUGUGUCGGUUUAGUAAGUGGAAUGGUGCAACUAGUGGUACAAUCUUUAUGUGUCGGUUCAUGCCGGUUUGACAAAAUAUGUAGAAAUAUGAAAAUCCAUAACAAUAGAUGAAUUUUAUCAUAUAUAAAACAUAUAUGAAGACACUUUAAACUUACAAUUCAUAUUUAUAUGUAAAUAAAUGAGACAUUUCUAAUAAAAUUACAAAUACUUACUCAUAUUUAAAUUCAACAUUUGAUGUCAAUUCCUAAACAUUUAUACUUGAAACCAACAAAUAACACCAACAUUUAACUUUUAAACUUGUAAAAUGAAUGAUAAAUUAAUUUCUCAUUAAUUAUAUUCACUAAAACGACGUCAUUUUGCUCAAAGAUCGUAAAUCGAUCAUGCCAAUCAUACCGAAGUGUUCACGUCAAUUUCAUUACCAAUACCGAUUGAACCAAAUUCAACCGGUGACAUGCCGACAGGCGUGACAACCAUGACUGCGAGUGAUUCACAUAAAAUUACGGUUAUCCUAGAUUUUUUUGGUAAUCUAUAUUUAUUUUAUUAUCUGCUAUACGACAUCGUUGUGUUAUGAAACGGCAGGGUGUUUUCUUCUCAUAUUGAAGGCAAAUUGGUCAAUCGUCAACACUUGUGCUAGGCUAAAGAAACCCUACAAACAUAACGGCUGCUCUUCUUCAAGUGCUCUGCUUACAAUUCACCACCACUGUAUCCCUUCACUCGCCAUUCCACCCCGCGACGAAGACAAAUUUCUUCGUCCCUCAAAAACCCUAGCUAAACCCACUUUCCUGUCACCCACCGCCGCUCCAACCUCUCAGAACCACAUCCCUCCGACGCCAUGGGUAAAGUGAAGGGAAAGCAUCGUUUGGACAAGUACUACCAUCUCGCCAAGGAGCACGGAUACCGGUCUCGUGCCUCCUGGAAGCUGGUCCAGCUCGACUCCAAGUUCAAGUUCCUCCACUCCUCCCGCGCCGUCCUCGACCUCUGCGCCGCCCCCGGAGGAUGGAUGCAGGUCGCCGUCGAGAGGGUCCCCGUUGGGAGCCUCGUCCUCGGAAUCGAUUUGGUGAGAAUCGCUCCCCUGCGUGGCGCCAUAUCCUUCGAGCAGGAUAUCACCAAGUCCGAGUGCAGGAGCAAGAUCAAGAAGAUUAUGGGCGAUAAUGGGGUCAAGGCUUUCGACUUGGUUUUGCACGAUGGUUCCCCAAAUGUCGGUGGUGCGUGGGCGCAGGAGGCGAUGUCUCAGAAUGCUCUGGUUAUCGAUGCGGUGAAAUUGGCCACUCAGUUCCUGGCUCCCAAAGGGAAUUUCGUAACUAAAGUUUUCAGGUCACAAGAUUACAGCUCCGUUAUCUACUGCUUAAACCAGUUAUUUGAAAAGGUUGAGGUGGACAAACCAUUAGCCAGUCGUUCAGCAUCUGCAGAAAUCUUUGUGUUGGGACUAAAAUACAAGGCUCCUGCAAAGAUCGAUCCUCGCCUACUUGAUUUUAAGCAUCUGUUCCAGUCCGCAGAACCUGCAAGAAAGGUGCUAGAUCCCCUGAGAGGAACAAAGCAAAAGCGCCAUCGUGAUGGGUAUGAAGAAGGACAAGCUAUGGUGCGGAAAGUAUCUUCAGCUGCUGAUUUUAUCUGGUCUGCCACACCUCUUGAUGUCCUUGGUUCAGUUACUUCAAUUACAUUUGAGGACCCAGAUUCUUUACGCAUAAAGGAGCUGGAGUUAACAACAGAGGAGGUCAAAUCUCUUUGUGAUGAUCUUCGUGUUUUAGGAAAGCAAGACUUCAAGCAUCUACUGAAGUGGCGAAUGCAGAUACGAAAAGCUCUGUCCCCUUCUGUAGAAGCUACUCCUGCUGUUGCUGAGAGUGAAGAAAAGAAAGAGGUUGAUGAAGAUGAUAGGUUACUUAAUGAAAUGGAGGAGUUGACAGAUGCUAUGGAGAGGAAGAAGAAACGUGAGAAGAAAAUUCUUGCUAAAAGAAGGGCUAAGGACAAGGCUCGGAAGGCAAUAGGAAUGACAAUGGAUGUACUUGAAGAUGGCUAUAACGAUAUUGAGUUAUUUUCUCUUUCGUCUAUAAAGGGAAAGAAAGAUUUGGUCGCUGUUGAUACUGCUGAGAAUGGUGAUGCAAAUGGUGACUUGAAAGAUAGUGACAAUGAGGAAACCCGUGAGGAUGAGUCAUCCACUGAUUCAGAUUCGGAUGAAGAGCGCAGAAAGUAUGAUGCAAGAAUGGAAGAUAUUCUUGACCAGGUCUAUGAACGGUUUGUAACCAAAAAGGAAGGGAGUACAAAGCAGAGAAAACGUGCAAGGCAAGCCUACUCCGAGCAACUUUUGGAGGAAGAGGAGAAUAAUGAUAUGGAUCAAUCAGAUUACGAUUCAGACAAGGAGCUACCGGAUCGUGAAGCAAAUCCUCUCAUGGUCCCACUUAAUGAUCGGGAAGAACCCACUAAAGAAGAGAUUGCAAACAGGUGGUUCGCUCAGGACAUAUUCGCCAAAGCCGUGGAGGAGGGAGAUUUGGGUACUAUGCCUGAAGAUGAGGAAAUGAUGGAUGUCGUUGAUAAGAAGCAUGACAACAAACUUGACCUUCCUCCAAAGAAGGCAGUUAAGACAGCCGAUAAAUCUCCCAAGCACCUCUCUCAGCCUCAACCCUCCAAACCCGAGGAGGAUUUCGAGAUUGUUCCUGCCCCCGGCACAGAUUCCAGUGAUGACUCAUCCUCUGAUGAAUCUGACGAUGAUGACAUCAACAAAAAGGCCGAGAUAUUGGCAUGUGCAAAAAAGAUGCUGAGGAAGAAGCAGAGAGAGCAGAUGCUCGAUGAUGGCUACAACAGGUACAUGUUUGAUGAUGAGGGCUUGCCUGGUUGGUUUUUGGAGGAAGAGAAGAGGCAUCGACAACCGGUCAAACCAAUCACCAAAGAGGAGAUGAAUGCCAUGCGUGCACAGUUUAAGGAGAUCAACGCUCGGCCGGCUAAGAAAGUGGCACAGGCUAAGGCCAGGAAGAAGCGGGUAGCUAUGAGGAGGAUGGAGAAGGUCAGGAAGAAGGCCAAUGUAAUCUCGGACCAAACUGAGAUCUCUGACCGGUCGAAGAGUAAAAUGAUCGACCAGCUGUAUAAGAAGGCUGCACCGAAGAGGCCGAAGAAGGAAUUCGUAGUUGCGAAGAAAGGAGUUGCGGUGAAGGGAGGCAAAGGUAAAGUGGUUGUGGAUCGGCGGAUGAAGAAGGAUGUUCGUGGGAGCAAGAAGAAAGGGAAAGGUGGUUCGAAGAAGGGGAAGGAUGCCAGGAAAGGCGGUCAGAAAAGUAAAGGCUCGGCCAAGACGGGAGGGAACAAAGGCAGAAAGAUGUGAGGUAUGAAAACAGUGAACAGUCAAGAGCUCGGUAGAAAAGCUUAAACCUUCUUCGGAAGGAUGAAUUUUUGUUGAAUUAAGUCCAGUUUUGUUUUAAUCCCCUCUUGAAAGUGGGAGGAGCACACUUUUUUCCAACCUCUGUUGUUUGUGCUCAUGGUGUGUGGCAGAGACUAGAUGCUAUGAUAGCAUAAAUUUAUCCCUUCUUC